AAAGAAAAUUUUUUUUAAAAAAUUGAAAAGAAAUUAAACUCGAAUUGAUUCCUUUCCCAUUCGCUGUAAGCGUAAAGGGGUUGCCUUCCUGUGCAUCACAUGAGCUCCACAUUCCGCUUGAAAACGGUGUCGUGUCGUUUAUCGUAGCUGAUCGUUUUGAUGAAGAAUCACGGCGGCAACGAUGGGCACGUCAAGAUUGAGAUCGAAAUCGAAGACGAGAAUGAAAAUGGCGGCAGCCCUUCAGAGCAAGACCCGUCUGAUGGUGUUUUGACUUCUACCGCUGGAAAGCUGUUUUCAACUUCUACUGUUGAAGAGCCGGUUUUGACAUCCACUGCUAAAGAGUCGGUUUCGACUUCUACUACUGAAGAGCUGGUCUUGACAUCUACUUCUGGAAGGCCGAUUUCAACUUCUACUGUUGAAGAGCCAGUUUUGACUUGUACUGCUGAAGAGCCAGUUUUGACUUGUACUGCUGAAGAGCCGGUUUCAACAUCUACUGCAGAAGAGCCGGUUUUGACAUCUACUGCUGAAGAGCCGGUUUUGACAUCUACUGCUGAAGAGCCAGUGUCAACAUCUACUUCUGAAGAACCUGUUUCAACAUCUACUGCUGAAGAGCUGUUUUCAACUUCCACCAAGGUUGUAAAGCCUGUGAAAAGUGGAAGUCAUCAUAAACUAGCUAUUUUGGCUUCCAAACUGUUUGAUGAUAAAGUUCCUUUCAAGAAAAAGCUAAAAUGUUUGAAACAACUUGCUACUGUCAAAACUGAUGGGACUGUACAAUUUGAAGUUCCAGGAGAUAUUAAACCACAAAGCCUUGAUUUUGGAGCUGGAGUUGUUCAUAAUGGAUCUCCUGACAAAGAAACUGCUGAACCCACAGCUGUAGAAGAUAUACCUACAUUGCAAAUAGUAAUGCUUAUUGUUGGAACAAGAGGAGAUGUUCAACCAUUUGUUGCAAUUGGAAAGCGUUUACAGGAAGAUGGCCAUAGAGUUAGACUAGCAACUCACUCGAAUUUCAAAGACUUCGUUUUGAGUGCUGGGUUGGAGUUUUUCCCCUUAGGAGGAGAUCCGAAAGUUCUUGCUGGAUACAUGGUCAAGAAUAAAGGCUUCUUGCCAUCAAGUUCCUCUGAAAUUCCUAUUCAGCGGAAUCAGAUGAAGGAAAUUAUUUUCUCUUUACUUCCUGCAUGCACGGAACCUGAUCCUGAAUCUCACAUGCCAUUUGAACCAGAUGCUAUUAUUGCCAAUCCUCCAACAUAUGGUCAUAUACAUGUUGCUGAGGCACUAAAUGUACCCCUUCACAUGAUUUUCACGAUGCCAUGGACGCCUACUAGUGAAUUCCCCCACCCUUUAUCUCGCGUUAGGCAACAUGUUGCUAAUAGACUUUCAUAUCAAAUUGUCGAUGUACUGAUAUGGCUUGGAAUACGAGACAUGAUCAAUGUGUUUAGGAAGAAGAAGCUGAGGCUAAGACCUGUUACAUAUUUAAGUGGAUCCUGGGGCUCUCCCUCGGAUGUGCCUUAUGGGUACAUAUGGAGUCCUCAUCUUGUUCCAAAACCGAAAGACUGGGGGCCUAAGAUUGAUGUGGUCGGGUUUUGCUUUCUUGACCUUGCUUCAACUUAUCAACCUCCAGAUUCGCUUGUGAAAUGGCUAGAAGAUGGUAAAAAGCCUAUCUAUAUUGGUUUUGGUAGCCUUCCUGUUCAAGAACCAGAGAAGAUGACUGAAACAAUAGUAAAAGCUUUGGAAGUUACUGGACAAAGAGGCAUCAUUAAUAAAGGUUGGGGAGGUCUUGGGAAUUUGGCAGAACCAAAGGACUUUGUGUAUUUACUGGACAAUUGCCCCCAUGACUGGCUUUUCUUACGAUGCAGUGCUGUGAUUCAUCAUGGUGGUGCUGGAACAACUGCUGCUGGUCUUAAAGCUGCGUGUCCAACAACUAUUGUACCAUUCUUUGGGGACCAACCAUUUUGGGGAGAACGGGUUCAUGCCAGAGGAUUGGGUCCCCCACCCAUUCCAGUUGAGGAUUUUUCCCUUGAUAAGUUGGUUCAUGCAAUAAACUUUAUGCUUGAUGACAAGGUUAAACAAUGUGCUGUUGAACUGGCCAAGGCCAUGGAAAACGAAGAUGGUGUUACAGGUGCAGUAAAAUCCUUCUACAAGCAUUAUCCCGGAAAAAAAUGUGAUGAAGGGCCUGAGUCACCCCUUCAUCAUUCAGGAUUCUGUUCUGUGGGACAAUGUUUUGGCUAUCCUUGAAUCUUUACAAGAGCUGACUCUCCAAGUUUGACACAUUUCUGACCGCGUUUUCCCUGGGUUCUGACAUACUCUCUUCAGGUUAACUUAUAGCACCCAACUUCAAUUGAUGUUGCAUUUUUCCUUUCCAAAAAUUUAUCUUGUGGAUGCUUAUUGAUCAAUAGAACUGCGAGUGAUUGGUAUACGGCAUUCAUGGUCCAAUACACAAAUUAUGAUAGUAUACGAAACUUAUGAUAGUAUGGACUUUUAGGCUUAAUGUUGUAAGUUGUAACUAUACACAAAUUAUAUAUACAUAGCUAUGUUGUAAGUUUAUAAAUGUGGUGUUUGAAUUUUAUUGUGAAAGUAAAAAGUAAUUUUCAAAAGGAUGAACUAAAAUUCCUUUGGUUUGG